UUGAUGUCCCAUUGCCGUGCGAAACCAGUGUGUGUACAGAACUUGUCACAAUCAGGACUGAACGAAAACUACUGCCAGUGGAGUUUAUUCAGGACGUUUUAACAUAUACACACGAUGUCGGGUCGAAAUUAUCCGGCGGAUACGCAAAAGCAAAAGUUUCUUGAGGAAUCUUACAAUAAAGAACGGGACACUCGUCUUCAGUGGUUCUACAAACGACAGGACGGCUCAGACAAGGCCCAGACCGGCGGCUCAAAACAGUACCAAGUCUUCCGGAAAAAGAUUGAGGGGCAACAUUCGAAACCCGCGGAAGAACUUGCGGCAAAAUUGCCAAAGAUUCCACAGGCUAAACAACACCACCGUACAAUCAAGGACUUCUCAGAUAAUUUAGCGGAACAGGCUAACGCAUUAGGAGACCCGGAUAACUUAUUGACGGAAAUGAGGCCAGUCACACCAAAGGUACGCAAAUCUCUGUAUGAAGGUUUCUCUAAGGAUGGAACGGGACGGUACCAGUAUCUCCACCAUAGGUACGGAUAUAACCCUGAAAAUAAGUACGAGUUUCCUAUCCUCAGUUCGUGGGAAUAUGGCUGGAGGCUGAGUGACGUGAUCCGAAAAGAGGAGAUCAAGAAACCCACGCAUGGACGCACUCGAAUUGUAGCGGAUACCUUCUACACGAGAACAGGUAUUCCUGAUUUACAUGUCAAUCAAAGUUACUAACUUUUAGCUGAAAAAUUUACGUAUUUCUCUGAGGAACCGUAAACCGGACAUUAUUUUCUAGGGAUUUCCAAACGAUGUGACAUUGGUGAAGACGUAUCAGCAUUUCAUAGAGGAAUUAAAAGUGAGAGGAGUCGCACCAUUACUUCAAGUCUUGUCUUCUUUCUGACUCUGUCUCAUAUGUGAGAUAACUUCGUGAAUUUGCUCUGAUUUCGGGCGACAACUUAAAAGUGUUGGAGCCCAAACAACACUUGUCCUUCGGUUAAAACUCUGUCCCUGUUUAUUCAGCCUGGGACGACUUUACAAAUUCUUUGCUGCAACACCGGCUGCCUAGCAACACGUUUAUUAAAUUGCCACCUGUUAUAAAGUACAUCAUGUCAUGGGAGAAGACCACACCUGUCAAUCAAGAACAAUUAGGUUACAACAUGUAUAAAACCUGAAGCAGGAAAACUUUUGAUGUUAUUAGAUGCUAGUGUCUCUCUUAUGUAAUCAUAGGUUGACAUCAUUUUUACACUCUGUUCCCCGAUGCAAAUUGUCUACCAUAGCCGUCCUAGCUUAUAAUUUUCAGCUAUCCUCCACAUUAAGACAAAUCGUGUGUGUCCCGGGGGGGGGGGGGGGGCACUGAGUGGUAGGAACAAAUACGUCAUUUCUAUCGGAUUAUCAGCCGAGCAUUAUUCGUCUCACCCUAUUGGGCACGGUAAUAGUAAACAGUAUGAACAAUCUAUGUUAUAUGGGUCAGAACAGUGUUAUACACGUAUUGUACUUCAUCACGAAAUGUGAGAAGUCGCCCUCCUUUUGGCGAAGCGUAAAAGGCGCCGGUUCAGCUUCAAAGCUGCAUCGUUGUUUUGGCGGGGAAAAGAGCGCACCUAGGACAGAACGCGCUUCUGAGAUUUGACCUGCAGAAACUCUCUUGUUCGCUGUUUUCAAAGGCCUUCUUUGUCAACAUUAUAUCCGUCAAAUGUCUACUUCACCGGAUGAACCAGUGUCGGCCCAUUUGAGAACUCCUUUAUGAUCUUGAGGAAUACCGUCCUUUCUGUGAUAUUCUCGGGGUGAAUUUUGUUCAUUUGGAACGAAAUUUGCCUUGUUUUUUGAGUGCUAUUCCAUUUUGAGCCGUUUUGAAUGCUUGCCAGACGAGAUUUAGGCCGCAGCAGAAGAUCAAAUUAAAAAAAUGAAUCGUCUGCUGGUGGCAUUAAUGUAUAUAUAGAUCGUUUUGUUGUCAUCGGAUUCAAAUCCUGAAACACGGGUUUGAAUUUUGUAAAUUGUUGAAUGAAAUCGAGUUGUGGUUUUGAUAUUGAUUCAAUCAGUGAUUGAUUAUUGAUUGAUUGAUUGAUUAAACCGCCCUCAAACCCUUGUCCGUGCCAUCCGUCCAAAAAUGGCUUUUGUUACUUAAUCAUCGCUGUAAAUAAUUAGAGUGUAACGCAUGAGUAAUUAGUGUUGUAUGAUUUAGAAUGGUUUGCAAACGUGUACAGAAUUAUACACAACUUUGUGUGUAAAAGUCUUUAAAUGUUCAACAUUUAAACUGAAACAUUUGCAGAUGAAUUGUACGCACUUUUUAUUAUUUAAUUAGCUGAUUGUGCAGUUGGUGUGCCAAGGCUUUGAUUUUUGAUAUUUUUUUUGUGCGGGGGGGGGGGUUAAAUAGUCCAUAUCAUGUCAUGCCAGCUGUUUUAUUUCGGCCUUAUUGGCCCUUGAACAUUAGGCCUACUGCUGAUUCUUCUGAACUGCAUGUUUUCGUUGUUUUGAUGUUUGUGCGCAUGUAUUGUGUUGUCAACAACUGGGCCUGUACCAAAGUCAAAUUUGUGAACUAUAUUAAACCUGUCCAACUUUGAUAAAGUUAGUCUUUACAAAAAAAAAUUGAUGAAAAGAUAGCAUAUGCUGAAAAAUCAAUAUUUUUUACGGUAUCCUAGAUUAAUAUGUGUUUGUAUUCAUCAAAACUUUAAAUUACUAAAUGUUUUAUGCAACACCUUGUAUAAGUAUCGUUUCGCGCCCUUCUCCAGGCAGUCUGUGAUGAACGAGGGAGCCAAGUAUAACGGUAUCUUGAGUUUUACUAGCCUGGUGCUCUUAAAGGUGCAGUACCCCGAAGAAAUUAAUAAUCUCAAAAAGGCAAAAGAGCAGUGAUUAGUGACGUCAUAAUGACGUGACGUCACCCUGACACGUUGAGUUCUGUGACUCCACCUUUAAAACUUCAGCGCUAGUUAUAACUCAAGUACAGCACAGGUUAUCUCUCAGUGUAAAAAAAUCAAAAGCACUUCUGUCCGUGAGUCAUUGUGGUAUUUCGAAGUAUUUCCCCCGAACUGAAUAUUUAAUGUUGUUUGAACCGGUCGAUCCGAAAACCGGCAGACGACAUGUAUGUGCUUGACUGAGUGUAUAUUGAUAGUAUGUCACUCGAACCUAUUCAGGGUAUGUUUGAACAAAGAAUACAGUAUGCAAGUACAUUGUACAUGGUAUAUUCAUGAUGUCAUUACAAUAUGAAAUGUUUGAAUAUAAACAUCAGGUAGGAAGUAACCUAAGGAAUGGGUCAAUGGUUAGACACUUCUUGAUGAAUACAUUGGUUCAGGAUCAGAAGGUCUACACAUAACACAUUCUGUAGCUACGCAUCAAGCAAAAAACAAUUAAAAAUAUUAAAGAAAUCGUCGCAGGUAUUCCUUUGAAGCUGGGAGCACACAGCCAUUCAUCUCUAAGUGCAGCACACUCAACGCACACAGACUUUUGGGACAGCGGCGCUGGAAUCCUUAGCACUCUUUAAGUGGAAUCCAUGCCCCACCUCCAAGGAAAUUGCCGCCACGAAAUGUUAGAUGCAUAAAACGUUAGUUACGUCCAAAUCUUUAAUAGAUUUGUUAAGAUUGUUUUGUAAAUCUGUUUGUAUGAAGUCGAGGUGUGUUUUUAAUAUGAAAUCACUCUCACCCACUUAUCAGUGCCAUCCGUCCAAAUUUGGCUUCACUGGUCAUUGUAAAUAAUUUAAAAACGUCAAUUAAUUAACGUAUGAUAAUAUAUGAUAAUUUAUGAUUGUGUGUUGGUAUUUUAUGCUUUAGAUAGAGACACUGUCAAAAUGUACAAACAAGGUUUGGAGAUUUGCAAUUAGUUGUUUUCAAUAAGACAUUUGUAUCAAACAGCAGGCUAAUGGCUGUCUAUUGUUGUUCCUGUAUUGUUAAGGUUACUAUAUUAGUGAGGUUAAGGUCUCCUACGCGAGCACUACGCUAAUGAUGUCACAAUCAGGUGACCAACAGUAAGUCAAUGCAAAAUUGCAGAUAUAAUGAUGUCAUUAGCGUCUGCUGAAGCGUAACCGCACUGUUGCUUAACCUCCAUUAUUUUUCUAAGGCUUAAUUCAGCAUUGAUGCAACAGACCAUUAAUCGCACCUCGCACCAAUAAGUAAUCGUAUUUUGAUCGAUUGGAGUUGGGAAUAUAUGCAAAUCUAGCGAACCAUGGGACCACAUUGUAAAUCUAUAAAUGAAUUUUGUACAGAAUAUUAAUUGUUUGUACCACAGUUUGAUCUCACUUUCACAAUACAAGAUUUUCAUGAAACCAA